AUGCAACGCGCACGAGAGCCUGUGAGGAGUAUCUGCUGCAUCGGUGCAGGCUACGUGGGUGGACCGACGUGUGCAGUAAUAGCUUGCCAGAACCCGAAGAUUCAAGUCACAGUGGUCGACCUUGACCAGGCAAGGAUCGAUGCAUGGAAGUCCGACCAUCUUCCAAUAUUUGAGCCUGGUUUGCGAGACGUAGUGCAGUUCGCACGAGAUGAGCAGUACAGUGGCCAUGAAACACGUCCUCCGAAUCUCUUCUUCUCGACCGACAUUGACAGCGCCAUUGUAUCCGCAGACCUCAUCUUCAUCGCAGUCAACACGCCAACGAAGUUGGUAGGACAGGGUGCUGGCAGUGCAUCCGAUCUCGCAUAUGUCGAGGCUGCUGCUCGCCGCAUCGCUGAAGUGUCGACCUCGGACAAGAUUGUUGCACAGAAGUCGACUGUGCCAUGUGGUACGGCGCACACAUUGCGACACAUAUUCGCAUCUGUCGCCCAGAACUCUGACGUCAACUUCGAGAUUCUGUCCAACCCGGAGUUCCUGGCUGAAGGCACCGCCAUACGGGAUCUGCUCAGUCCAGAUCGUAUCUUGAUUGGCUCGAACACCGACAGGCGUGCUCUGCAGGCCGCCGAAAGACUUGCGGACGUAUACGCUGCAUGGGUACCGCGAGAGCGGAUUUUGACAGUCAAUUGCUGGUCCUCCGAACUGUCGAAGCUUGCGGCCAACUGCAUGUUAGCACAACGUAUUAGCAGCAUUAACUCCUUGAGUGCCAUAUGCGAGGUCACUGGCGCAGAUGUUGACGAGGUCGCACAAGCAGUUGGCCAGGACACCAGAAUAGGAUCGAAGAUGCUGAAAGCUUCUGCAGGAUUCGGAGGCUCCUGCUUCAAGAAGGACGUACUCUGUCUGGUCUAUAUUGCAGAAAGUUACAAUCUCCACGAGGUCGCUUUGUACUGGAGACGAAUUGUCGACAUCAACGAAUACUCAAAAGCUCGUUUCGCAAAGUGGAUCAUCCAAAGUCUGCACAACACCUUGGAUCGCAAGAAGAUUGCCAUAUUGGGAUGGGCAUAUAAGAAGGACACUGGAGACACUCGCGAGAGUGCCGCUAUCAACGUGGCUGGCCAGCUGAUUGCAGAGAAUGCGCAUGUCGCCGUGUAUGAUCCAGAAGUCCGUCCGGACCAGAUCAUCAGUGAUCUCACACAACACCACAACACAGAUGCAUUGGCGAAGAAAGUGUCCAUCCACAAAAACCCGUAUUCAGCGUGUGAAGGCGCGUCUGCCGUGGUCAUUUUGACGGAGUGGGACGAGUUCAAGACAGAUGGACUUCCAAGUGCUGUAGCAAAUGUGCUCGAUAAGGAAGUUCUAGAGGUUCCGCUGGUAUCCGUACCACGUCGUACGUCCGAAGAUUCCAGAGGAUCAAGUGAGCGUAGCUGGGUAAGGGACGACUAUUCACGCGAUGAGCGCAGUGCAGAGAAUCUGGCCGAAAGCCCGGUAUUUGAGCCAAAAACAAUACCACUACGGCUUUGCAAGAAGGGAAUCGACUGGCCACGUAUAGCGAAUUGUAUGCAACGGCCAAGGCUUCUGUUCGAUGGCAGGAAUGUUGUCGACCCAGCAAAGCUGAUGGCACUUGGUUUCCAAGUCCACUGCAUUGGCAAGUCUAGAAGUGCCUCGAAUUUUUGA